AUGUUUACAUUUCAGACACAGCUGCAAAACGCUGAAGAGCACAGGCUAGAUGAUUCUGUGGUCGACAGGUCGUCGCAGAACCAACUUCUAGCCAGGGAACAGAGGCUCGAUGGUCAAACUCACCGCAAACAGCUUACACAACCUUCAAUUAAAUCCUAUGGUCACUUGGAGAAACGCUGGCGCGAGUACCAUAUGGACAUUGGCCUAGACGGGGAGAAACGUCUCGCAAGGGGGUCUUCUUGUCCAACUCCUGGGCGCCUAAAGAAUUUCAUAGCCUGGUAUGCUGAAACCAGCAAUGGCACAUUAAGAAGCAAGCCUACACAAGUCUCGAUGAAAAACCGGUUGCGAGACUUGUGCGCCAUGAUCUAUCAAGAGACAGGAACAAAGAUACCGAAAGCGCUCAACGAGCAUUACAUCGAAACAGAGUUUGUCAACACACAUGGCGUUGAAGACGCCCUUAGAGAGAAAGACCUCGUUGAUUCGGUUGAUUUUUUUCAACUCCUGCAGUACUUGUGGACUCACGAUUCGUACGACUUCCAGCAUCCUCGUUACCGAUCUCAGAUUGCAUUCUUGAUACAGAUCAUGGCAUAUACUGGAGCUCGCCCAGGCACUAUAGUAGUCUCUUCGGCUUAUGCUAAAUCGAAUGACUCCUUAAAAUACAAGGUCACGCUCCGGCUUGCGAAGGGUCGGAGAAACUUUGCGAGAGCUACUGUUAUGACCCUCCACGAAGACCGCAAGUGUCGAGGGCAAUGCCCUAUCACUAUGUUCCUUGGGUUUGCUUUUGCGGACCAGGCCUUUGAGAACCUACAUCCAAGGCAGCUUGGCCACCUAAAAAUUGGCGAGCAUGGCCAUUUGCCACUCAAGAUCAAAGAGACCAUGCUCGAAGUCCCAGUUUGCCGGGUGUACUCAGAAGGCGCAAUAAGCCCAAUCAAAGCCGUGACAUACGACGUCCUUCGAAACCAAGCAAAUCAGCUAGGCCAGCGUCUUGGUCUUCAAGCUGUUCUUCGGCCAUAUAACUUUCGCCGUGGUACGGCCAACGCCAUAGCUGGUAAAAUCACGGCUGAGCAAUACACGAAGUUGUUGAAUCACACCACUAAGACAUCCGCUGAAUAUUAUGCCUCGAAUGAAGUUAGGGUGGACUCGCAGAACCUCUUCCUUUAA